CGGAAGCACACACGUGGUUCGAUUGUCGCUUUAGCAAUGCAGAAUCAUGUGCGUUGUAACUAAAGAAUAAACGGUUUCGUUUGACUUUAGAACAGUUUCGGAGUUGGGGAGUUAUUUCGGCAUGGUCUGGACAAGCAGAGUUUGUUUCCGGAAGUAUGGAAACUUUGUGGAUAAUAUACGGCUGUACGUGAAGGGUGGGAGCGGGGGAAUGGGAUUGCCCCGUUUAGGGGGGCACGGGGGCAACGGAGGUGACGUGUGGGUUGUGGCCAAAAAAGGUGUUACCUUGAAGCAAAUCAAGGACAAGCACCCUAAUAAACGAUUCACUGCAGGUGUUGGUUCUAACAGCAGCAUCUAUGCUCUGAAAGGGGCUCAGGGAGAGGAUGCUCAGGUCUUUGCACCCACUGGGAUCUGUGUUACAACAGACGACGGGAGAUUCCUUGGAGAGUUGAACUGUGAAGAAGACAGACUUCAGGUGGCUAGAGGUGGUCAGGGUGGCACUCUUCACUCUGGGUUCCUGCCCAGUAAAGGUCAAACCAGGCAUAUUCGACUGGACCUUAAACUCAUUGCAGAUCUUGGACUUGUAGGGUUUCCUAAUGCCGGUAAAUCCUCCUUACUGACUGCCUUGUCUCAUGCUAAGCCAAGGAUUGCCAGCUACCCCUUUACAACUUUAAGACCUGAGAUUGGAAGGAUCAUGUAUGAUGAUCACAAGCAGGUUUCACUGGCUGACUUACCAGGACUGAUUGAAGGUGCUCAUGAGAACAAAGGCAUGGGACAUAAGUUUCUCAAACAUGUGGAGAGAACCAAGCAGCUCAUGUUUGUGGUCGACAUUUGUGGGUUUCAGCUAGCUAGUAACACACCAUUUAGGUCUGCUUUUGAAACUGUGCUGCUUUUAACCAAGGAGCUGGAGUUGUAUAAGGAGGAACUGUUAGCCAAGCCAGCCAUCCUGGUCAUAAAUAAGAUGGACCUCCCUGAGGCUCAAGGCAAGCUGAGAGAGCUGCAUAAUCAGCUGGAGAAUCAAGAAGAAUCAAGCCACUACCUUCCUGAGGACAUGACUCCAAGAGGCCUAAUGCAUUUCACAAACGUCGUCCCAGUCUCUGCCACAACUGGCCUUGGACUGCCCGUGCUCAAAACCCUUAUCCGCCAAUCACUUGAGGAGCAGAAUACCAUAGAAACUGAAAGCCAGCGCAGCGUGAGGCUCCUUAAGUUGAGAAGGGAGAUUCCCACUCCAGUGAUACCCAGCUGGGGGCAUCCAGUAUGAGAUCCAUAGAGGCUCUGUAUGGAAACCCAUACAUAAUCAUCAGGAACACUAGUGAACAUUUGCAGACAUGUUAAAUAUGCAAUGUAUGGGCAUGAAUCCCACAGCUUAAAAAAUUGCCAUCAGCUCAACAAAGAAAAGGAGAGUCUGUAUCAAGUUUCAGUCCAUAUUGUUUAGACUAGCAUUUGUUGGACUCUGGUACCAAAUUGGGGAUUGACAAUAUUUUGUGUCACCUAAUAAAGACCUCAUCAGCACCCUAGUGCUUUUCAAAAGUAAGAACAUGCUGUUGAGGCUCCAAAGGAAA